AUGUCCGGAGCCGCAACGCCAUAUGCGCCUGCCUCAGCGCGAGCCUCAGUUGCACCCACGGGCUCUGCGACGCCAGCGCUGCCCCCACCCCCGACCGCGAGCACCCCGGCCCUCCCUCCGCCCUCGACGUUUGACAUCCUGCCCGACCUCCACAAGCUUCUCAAGCGCAUACUCGAGGCGCCUGCUCAGCCACCCGCGGCAACACCCACACCCGCACAGCUUGCCGCCGAAGGGCCUCUUGAGAUCCAACAUGUUGCGACCGCCGCCAACGACAUCCGUCUCAAGAUACAGAAGGCACGACGCGCAGUAACGGCCUUGCCUGACAUGGACCGCACGUGCGAGGACCAGGAAGAUGAGAUCGACUAUCUCGAGGCGCGUAUUGCGCGGCUGAAGACUUCCUUGGCGGAGCUCGGUCGGCCAGUCGCGCAGGCAGAGGAUGCAGACGGAGACCAGAGACGCAUGUCUGUCGACUGCAUGGAUGCACUCGACCUGGCUCUUGCCCAGGGCUCGUGA